AUGACUUCCGACAUACCGAUGGCGUCUGUCACAUGUCCCCUCGAUCUUCACAUGGUCGAUCUCGAAUCACCGCCAGCGUCAGACUUGCCUGAUUUGGAUCUCCUCGCGCUCAAGUGCCCCUCACAGACCACGGUGACUGAGUUCCCAGACUCUCCAUCUUUAUCUCGGUCCCCGUCCGUCACCUCUUUCGAUUCUCAACUCACCGAGAAAUGUAUUUCCCCCACCGGGUCGGCUCUUUCGUCCGAACCUUCCUCCCCGACGAUGGAGAUCCCAAAGAGGAAGAGGAAGCCCCCACAGACGGGGACGUCAAGCAUCCCAGCUGCGACGGUGUACCCGUUCGAUCAACGGCCGCGCACGACCUUGUCUCGACCAUCCUCUGCAUCGCCAUGGUUCGCUACACUCGACCCGACGGGCUGCCAACGCGAGUAUCGUGACCGUCUCUUCAACGCGGACGGGUCCACUCGACAAGCGGCAAUCUCUCUUGGCACUGCAUCGAGAAUCAUGCCGCCUUUUCAAGAGCAAGACUCUAUGAAGCAGCCGGCCACGUUUUCCAUCGAUGAGCGCCGUCCAUCUCUCUUCUCCGCGCCAUCAAUCACCUUUGAUCACAGACGAGAAACUCGCAUCUCGUCUGAUAAUGACUUCUCCGCCCCGUCCUCGCCCAUCAGUCCCUCUCCGUCGGCACCACCCUUUGACUUUGAACAUCGUGGCUCCGUGAGCUCAACCACUCCGCCUCAUUUCCUCUCCUAUAGAGACCGCUCCAGCACCUUACCCAGCAACGACAGUCCCGCUAUGCUGCCCACCCACACUCAUUCAUUCUCCACCUCAUCCGUUCACGUCCCGGCGACGGUUAUAGAAUGGACCUCUCCCGCCACACGACGAGCCGAGUACGAAAAGAUUGACCGCGCCAGUCGCGGUGUACGCGGUUUUUGGCGUCGCGUGGCUCCACGGUGGUGUCAGAGCCGAGUCUCACGCACCCCAUUCUUCGAAGAAGGCAAGACCAAGGCGGAGCGCGAAGGCAGCGUCCGUAGAUUCCGAAUGGAUUUGCCCGAGGAGGAGGAAUCUCCGCGCCGGUCGAAGCCCUUGACGCUGAAAAGUCUUGGCUUGUCUGGAGGCAACUAG